AGCCAACAGAGGGGGUGGCGUUUGAUUCGGUAAAAACCGAGAUUGAACGAACGGACUGUGGAACCGACGAAGCUGCCCCUUUAAAUCAGGAAUACAGCGCAUUCGGAGGAGGUGAAGGUUUACAGCUGACCAUCUGACCUGAGGUCACAACCACUCCUGUCCAUCUGAGUGACCCAACUCACCUGGUCAGUUCCCCUGCACACACACACCUGUUCUGUUCUACCUGGUACACCUAUCUACCAACCCAACACACACCUGCCCUGCCUGGUACACCUGUCUAUCAACCCAACAAACACCUGUCUGGCCACUGGAGCAGACUCCAAUCUGCACACCAUCCACUAGUGGGGGUGUGUGUAUUGAUGGAUCAGGAUGUCAACCAAUAACAACAUCGCCCAGGCCAGGAAACUGGUGGAACAACUGAGGAUCGAGGCAGGGAUCGAACGUAUUAAGGUUUCUAAGGCGGCAGCAGACCUGAUGAGUUACUGUGAGCAGCAUGCCCGUAACGAUCCGCUCCUCGUUGGCGUCCCAACGUCAGAAAACCCUUUCAAAGACAAGAAACCCUGCAUCAUCCUAUAGCUGCACACUUGUCUCUGCCCAUCAGACACACACACACACACACACACACACACACACACACACACACACACACACACACACACACACACACACACACACACACACACACACACACACACACACACACACACAUAUAUAUAUAAACGUAAACACAGAAAUGAAAUAGCCACUCUGGAGAAGCGCCAUACUCAAUAGCCACAGCUAGGGGGCGGUGUCUGUGUUUACAGACCACAUUACCACAUUAGUGAUAUUAGCCCUGGAUUGUGUCUUUGUGGUGCUGAGGGUAAGCCUGCACUAACAUGCAGCCCUACCUGAUACUGGUUACUGACUCACCCACAGAGAUAGUGACACUCAAGUGGAGAUGACAGAUUUACUUCAAAAGGGAUUAGGACAAUUAUCUUAAUAGGAAUCCACAGUCGCCUACAUAAAGUUAUAGGCUGAUGUAUAGCAUGUAUUUUAGUGAAUCAAUGAUUUAUUGAUUCAUUGAUUAAUCAAUUGACUGAUAGCAUGUAUCUCUGGGUGCUGUGGAAUGAUGGGUGUAAGGUACAUGAGGGUAAGGAGUGAGGUGGAGGGUGCAUGUGUGACCAAUCUGGUGUAAAACCUGGGUCGUCCAUGUGAUGCAAGAUGUGUUAUCCCUGUCAGCUAAAGCCUAGCCAUUAGCCGUGGAAGCUAAUACAAGUCUUCAGGUCCCAUGGUUACUCAUCACUAAAGCACCGUGGCUAUACACGGUGUGUUUGUUAGCCAUAUAGUGGCUGACUUGCCACUGACUUGCUAAGUAUCACAAUGGGGAUGGCCCCUUCCUGAAACCUUGGGUCAACGCUAAUGUCAGUGUUUCCACAAGAAACAUGGCAUUGUAAACACUGAGCAGGUUGGUAUAUGCUGCAUAUGUACCCACUGGGUUUAAACCCGGAUUAUCUGCAAUGCCACAAGACUGUGUUAGCCCACUGAGCUAAAGUAUAGGCUACAUACUCCCCCACUCUAGCGACGGUUAUCGAUCAAAAGUGUUUCUGCUUUGGUUUUGGAUUCUUGGUCAGUGGGUUUUCUAUAGGCCAAAACUCCAGCUGUGUCGACUUGUGGAGUAAGUUGCUCAUAGACACUGAUCUAAGAUCAGUCUUGUGUUUUCCCUCUAAUGGUAAAGGUUAGGAUUUAGGGAGGGUCAUCUGGUACUAGAUCUGUGUCUAAAAGGCUGCCACAGGCAGCCUAAUUCAGAUCUUUGUCCACUAAUUGGUCUUUUGACCAAUCAGAUCAGCUCUUUUUCCAAUAAUUGGGCAAAAGAUCUGAAUUGUGCUGCCUGUGUAAACGCAGCCUAAUGAAACUUUUAUCUUGAGUAUUGCCAAGUACUGAGAGGUUAACUGUGUUCAAGUUUUUAACACCAGAAGUAUAUAUAUAUGUUUUUUUUUAAUUAAUUCUUGUUUCGAUAUUUUGUCCAUUUAUUGCCAUACACUUAGCAAAUACUGUAGGUUUCCAUUCACUCCUUAAUGUUACAUUUGAGGCAAAAGUUUACCUUAACCACAGAUCUAGGAUCAGAUUAUCAUCCCCAAUCUUAACUUGAACCAUAAGGGGGUGUACAAAUAUCUUAUCCUAUAUCAGUGGUUAUAGAAUUCACUAGUUCUGCCAAUGAGAGCCAGCAUCACAUUAUGGGCUUUGCUUAUUGGCUCAUCAUGUGUUUUAUUGAGGAACAAGAGCCAAUUACAAAGUGUUGUCCCGUCUCCCAACCUCCACAGACCCAUUUCUCUACUCCCAAACCAAACUUGAUUGUAAAAAAUGUAAAAGAUGCUAGAGAAAAUAAAAAUAAAACUGUAUAAACUUUCUUUAAGUGCAAAAGUGAUACGUUUUGAGAGUAGCUUUUUGGGGUUUGGUUUAAGUUUCUUUCUAAAUAGAAGCAGGUCAGUCGAGUAUUAUUAUCGAACUGUACAGUGUUUGUAAGAUAAAACUUAGGCCAGAAUUCAAUCAAAGUGCAUCAAACAUUUUCCAUUAAAAAGAGAAAAAAAAGCGCUUUAAUUGAAUGUCAGCCUGUUGCAGAAUCUUUUCUGUGGACGUUCCAUUUUUGCGUAAAUGUUUCCCUUCUGUCAGAAUUUAGUCUGUUUGUUUCCUCAUUCAGCUUGAGACAGGUUCACACACACAUACACACACACACACACGCACACUCAAACGCACACGCUCACACACACACACACACACA